UCUCAUCUCCAAAUCCUCCAAACCAACUCCGCCCAGAACAGUUCAUUCCACAUAUAUCUAUACCUUACCCAAUCGCCACAAUGUCAACCAAUCCCCGCUUCGAUCCUAAUUUCACUUCUUAUGUCAUCAACUCCAUGGGACCCAACACCUCCGAGCGCACUCGCGUACUCUUGGGCUCUCUGAUCAAGCACAUCCACGAAUUUGCCCGUGAGGUUGAGCUCACCCCUGCAGAGUGGAUGCUUGGAGUCGAAUUUAUCAACUCGAUCGGCAAGAUCAGCACUCCGAUCCGCAAUGAAUGCCACCGUAUCUGCGACGUGAUCGGCCUGGAAUCGCUCGUUGAUGAGAUCGCCAACAAAAUCGUUACCGAACAGGGACUCUCGCCUACUUCCAAUGUCAUUCUCGGCCCCUUUUGGUCGCCCAAUGCUCCCUUCCGUAAUCUCGGUGACAGCAUCAUCCAAGACCCUAAGCCCAACGGGAGAGUCACCUACAUGCACGGUGUCCUUAAAGAUAUGGAGACCGGAGAGCCCAUCGAAGGCGCCGUCCUCGAUAUCUGGCAAGCCUCCGCCAACGGCCAGUACGACUUCCAAGACCCCACCCAGAGCGAGAACAACCUCCGCGGCAAGUUCCGCUCCAACAAGAAGGGGGAGUUCUACUGGUACUGCUACCACCCUACGCCCUACUCUCUCCCCACAGACGGCCCGGCCGGUGUGCUCCUCAAAGUCAUGGACCGCUCUCCCAUGCGGCCUGCCCACAUUCAUCUCAUGAUCACCCACCCCAACUACGCCACCGUCAUCAACCAGAUCUAUCCCAGCGAUGACCCCCAUCUUGACAUCGACUCCGUUUUCGCCGUCAAGGAUGAUCUGGUCGUGGAUUUCAAGCCCAAGACCGGUGACCCCAAGGCGGAGCUUGACCUCGAGUACAACGUCAGCAUGGCCCUCAAGAAGCACCACCCAAACCCCAACUCAGCACCCCCGGUCUCGUCAUUCGAGCGAUUCAACAAGACCAACGGAAAACUUUGAACGACCACCCGGAACGCCGUUUGGAUGAUUUUUGUACAAUUAAGCAUUUGUCAAAUUUCAGCGAUGUUUUGACUUUCUGCGGAUGGGCGAGUGA